AUGCGCUCCCAAGCGCGCCCGCGACGCGCCGCCGCCGCCGCCGCGCUGCUGCUGGCGCUCUGCGCCGCCGCUGCCCUGGCGCCGGCACGCGCCACGGGCGGCACGUGGGCGACGGCCCCUGCCACGGCAGCUGCGCGCACGCUGUCAGCCUCUUCGCCCACUGGCGGUUCCUCACAGGCAUCCGCCGGCGCCAAUUCGGGUGCCGCCGCGGCGGCACCCGUGCUGUACUCUGCCAUGGGUGUGCCCACCUCCCAGCAGCAGGCGCCCGUACCCUACUCGUCCUCCACCACCUCGGCCACCUCGAAUGGCGGCGCUGUGCCCACCAAGCAGGGCACCAGCGGCGCCCGCGCCGCCGCCAGCGGCAGCGGCAGCAACGCUGGCGGCGGCGCCAGUGCCAGCGCCUCGUCCAACGCGGGCGCAGGCAUGGCGGCACCUAUCGGUGUUCUCCCCCCCGCCGCCUUCAUGCCCCCUGGCUUUGCGCCGCCGGGCAUCAUGGGCGCCGUGGCCGGCCCCUACACCGCCAGCGCAUCCGCGGCCUCGUCCUCGUCCUCAUCGGGCGGCAGCGGCCCCACCGCCGCCGCGCCGGGCGCGUCCCCCUGCCGCAAUGUGGUGGACACGAGCAGCAGCAGCUGCGCCAACGGCAACUGCUGUGCCGUGAAGCAGCGCGUGACGGCGUGCCCGAAGCACACGACGGCGAUCGCGGAGAUCAAUGGCGUCAAGGGCAGCUGCUGUGUCGUCAUGAUCCGCAAGACUGACAACAAGCCCGUGACGUUCUGCGCGACGCCCAUGAAGCAGCAGGGCACGCGCCAGUUCCCCCCCGGCGUGGUGGUGACCAUCAACCCCGACUGCGUCAACAACAACGGCGGCGUCGCGCCCGCGCUGUCCUGCACCGCCACGUUUGAGAAGCUGCCGUACGGCUUCUCGCUGGCCAAGGGCCCCUCGUCCACGUUUGCGGCCGGCCAGGGGCCGUGGACCAAGGAGGUGGCACCCUGCGGCAACGGCGCCUACGGCGGCCUGUGGCAGAGCUCCACCGUGGACAAGGUCACGCGCGCCACCACCUUCAACAUGAAGUGCCAGUGA